AUGCAACUCGCCGUGUGGCUGCUUUGGGCGUCAUGGCUGUGUACCUGGGCACAGGCCUCUCGCCAGUGUCAGUGCCAGUGUACCUGCCUGCCCGACGCCGCUCUGGCGGAGCGGUCUGACGGACAGAGCAGGGGACCCGUUCACCAGCAUGGCGCACGCCACCGCCCCCGCCACAGAGACAGGGCCCAUCGGAGGAAAGGUUCUAGGUCACGAUCGGAUGAACUUGCCCCUCGAAUCGUCCAUCAUCCGUCCGAUGUGGUCGUUAAAGCAGGCAGCCCUGCCACCUUCUCAUGCCGGGCAGAAGGAAACCCCAAGCCCACUAUAGUGUGGCUACGUAACGGACAGCCUUUGGAUCUGGACAGGAUGGAGGGCCAGUCUAAGCCCAUUGUCUUAGUUGAGGGAAGCCUCUUCUUCCUCAGCGUGGUCCCAGGCAGGAAGAGUCAGUCACACGAAGCUGUGUAUGCUUGCGUUGCUCAAAACAGUGUUGGCAAAGCCAUCAGCCGAAAUGCUUCCCUUCACAUCGCAGUUUUGCGUGAGGAGUUCCGUGUUCAGCCCAGUAACGUGGAGGUGGCUGUGGGCGAGGUGGCAGUUAUGAACUGCAGCCCUCCUGUGGGUCAUCCUGAACCCAAUGUCACCUGGAGAAAAGACGGAAUUCUCAUCAACAACACAGAUGAACACUUCACAGAACUCAACGGCAAGCUGAUCAUUGCUCCAGCGUGGAAAAACGACUCCGGGAUGUACACUUGCGUGGCUUCCAACACAGUCGGCGUACGAGAGAGCAGGGCGGCUAGACUGUCAGUAUUGGCCAAACCGACGUUGCUGCGUGAGCCUGAGGACGCAUUUGUGAAGCUGGGGGAGUCUGUCCAGUUCUUCUGUGAGGCCGAAGGAGACCCCAUGCCUGCUAUAGAAUGGAGUCGAGAGAAAGGCUCUCUGCCCAAUGGAAGGUAUCUGAUUAAUCCAGAUCAGAGUCUGCAGAUCCAUUAUGUGACAGCCCAGGACGUGGGAAGGUACAUCUGCACCGCAGUCAAUGAAGUGGGCGUGGCAACAGCUGACGCUCAGCUUAUUGUGGAAGAUGCUGCCAGCACAAGACAGAGAGACCUGCACAAGGAGCUUUCAGCUCUGCGUGUGAGUUUGGAGAAUGUUACUUUCCUGAGUACGCCCUCCAACAUCUCCCAGGUGGUGUGGAAGCUGCAGUCUUCUCUGGCUCAGCCGCAUUACCUGGAAGGAUUUGAGGUUCUGUACCGCUCUCUGCUGCCAGCCAGUUCAGACUGGGCAGCUAAGAAGGUGUCUCUGCCCAGCUUCCAAUCUCGCAUUGGCCCCUUGAAAAGAGGCUAUAAGUACGAGUUCAAAGUCCGCCCUUACGGCAGUGGCCUCUACGGUCGAGAGAGCAAUACCAGACAUCUACGCAUUCCAGAGAUAGUCCCUAGUGCCUCACCUUCAGGCAUCUCCAUAACGAUGCCCACUGACCGGAAUGACACGGUGUAUUUGAGCUGGGAACCUCCACCCCACGAUGCACACAAUGGGAUUAUUCAGGGCUACCAGGUGUGGUGUUUAGAGUCAGAGGAGCAGCAGUUUCUAAACUGGACAGUAGACAGUGGCACUCACACCCUGGAGAUUGGUAGGCUUUACCCAGGCAAACAGUACUGGCUCAGGCUAGCAGCAGUCAACGGGGCUGGAGUGGGCAUGCUGAGUGAACCAUACAGGCUGUUUAUUGAACCAAAACAAACUGGGCCUCCUCACCAGAGAGCUAUGGGGAGUAUGGGGAAUGUUCUGGAAGUGCUGAGGGACCCAGUGUUCAUUGGCAGUGUGGGAGCACUCCUCUGGUGCAUCCUCAUGGCAACUGCAGUUUGCCUGUAUCGUCGCCAUGGUAGACCUGCCAAUCUUAACCAAUCUCACAAAACUGCAGGGUUGUACAGACUUCCAAGCGAAGACCUUAUUAUCAAGCAUAGGAUGGCGGCCCCUGAUUCACCCUGGAUAUCGGGGGCUUGGAGGCCCGAUUUCUGUAGUGAACAGUACCAGGGACUGUGGGCUAAAAGCCAGGAGAACCCAGGCUUCAGGAAAAGCACUCUUCCCAUAUCAGCAAAGAAGGAGACGAGCCCUCUGGAGUCGGCCGUCCCCAUCGUGCCGGACAGCUGUGGCAUGUAUGGAACUUUCUACGUGGACCUCACGGGAAACGGUCUGAAGACGUUCAAUAGCCCCGCCCGACGUCCCAGGAUGCCCCGCUGCAGCCCUCAGCAGAACCCUGAGACCGUCCUUAUCACGCAACCCGUCUUCAAAAACGCGCCGGUCCGAGAAGCCCAGGCGCUGCCAUGGAAACGAGCUCUCCCUGCCCAGCCCAAUAUGGGAGUCCUCAAAGAAUCCUGGGAGAAAAACUGCAAGAGAGAACUGCAUGCGGUCAACAGUGCCCCUUUGGUGCCCAUUCGACAGCAGGCCCUGGCACUGCGGAGCCCCCCCAGCAGUCACAGACAGAGACUGAGUCAGCACCACCCAGGUAAUGUUCAAUUACCAUCGAAGCCCCUGGGUUCACCGCGGAUACUUCACUACUCCGCUUCGCUGCAUCUUGUGGACAUGCUGCCCACCCCUCCCCCUCUCCCGGUGGACGACACUCACAGCUUGAGCUCAGAGGAAGGAUCCAGCAGGUCCACUAAGCUGACGGUGGACAUAGGCUCUCUGCCCUCCAUCAGCACUUCAUCUGCUCUCCAAGGAGCCAAUGGCAUCGCAGUCUAUCCGUCUCAGCCCAGCCCUUCUUACAGUCACUUAUCCACGGCCUCCUUCUGCCUGUCCACUGAUGACUACCAGGACACCACCCUUAGCACUCAGGCCAUGUACCCCUAUUUGGAGCUUAGUCCCAAGGCAGAGAGACGCAGUGCCCUGUCUGAGAAUCCACCCUCAAGAGCACGUCCGUUUUCUCCAACGCCCACGUUUGGCUACAUCUGCGGGCCAACGGAGGCGGAGGACGUUAAUGACGAGCAGGACUCACAGCCAAUGGGUGGUAGGAGGGCUACCCUGAGGAGCACACCCUCCUCCUGUUUCAGCGAAUGGGAGGGAUCGAUGUGGAACGCUUGGGGCUCGGUUUCUGAGGGCAACAUGCCGAGCGCACGCACCAGCAUCAUCAGCUCCUCCGACGGCUCGUUUAUGAACGACGCAAACUUUGCCCGUGUGCUCGCCAUGACGGCAGAGUCCAUGAGCGGAACUACUUUAUCAGACUUCUCUCCCCCCGCGUCCCCGCUGAGUGCGCUGUUCCCCCCACGGGAUUGUUUUGGGGAGGCGGAGCCGCUGCCCGUUUGGGACUGGAGCACAGCGUGGGUGGAGGAGAUGGAGGCCCAGUACCGAGCCUCCAGAGAGGCCAGAGGAGCAGCGGGACGACUCUCCACCCCUGACGGUUGGGGUUAUCUCUCAGACACCAGACAGGGCCUCCACAAAAAGCCCUCUCAGCGAUGAACGCUACUCCCGUCGUUCCUUGUCCGCUUUGCAAACCCUAGAGAUAGCCUCAGCGCUGAACUACAUUUCCCAUAAUACCUCAGGGCAGCCCCUCUUCAGUGUCCUCUUAGGUUCUUGGUCCUUAAGGGUCUUGACCCACACAUUAGGCUGCAAAAAUAUUUGUUACUGCUAUAACAGACU